AUGGUUUUACCACAAAUUUCUGGAACACUACAAAAUCGUAAAAACAAAAUAUCUAACGAAAUAGACACCACAGGAAGAAGAUAUAUAUUUACAGUAAGAGGUGACUCUUAUCCUCGAUUAAGACGAUUAAACAAUGCCAAGAAAUCAACAAAUUGCAAAUAUUGUGAUAAGAAUGACCAAUACAUAGAUAUUCUUGAAGCUCGUUUAGACGACAUAGAUCAUUUU